AAGUAACAUUUGGAGUAGCAGUCGUGGGGCAUAUAGAUCUGGUGUGGACUGUCUUUUCCUGAGACUGUAAACACUUGUGCAGAAUGUCCGAGAACAAGAAAAAAGGGAAAGGAAAGAGCAAAAAGAACAAAGAAGGGAAAAAAGGGGAAAGAGAACCUGACCAAGGAAAAGCUGUUCCUCCCAAACUGAAGAAACUGAAAAGCCCAAAUGUUCAUGUGGGUGAGAAGAUCUCCCUGAAAUGUGAGGCGACUGCUGGAAACCCUCAGCCAUCCUACAAAUGGUUUAAAGAUGGGAAAGAGCUGAAGAAGAGCAAAGACAUCCGGAUCAAGUAUGGGAAUGGGAAAAAGAUUUCCAGACUGCAGUUCAACAAGGUGAAGCUUGAAGAUGCUGGGGAGUACAGCUGCGAAGCGGAGAACGUUUUAGGGAAAGACACCGCAAAAGGCAGCCUGAAUGUGAAAAGUGGAACAACGAAAACACCACAAGUCUUACCAGCCUCAGAAACUAAAAUAGUUGUUAUGGAAGAAGAGUUAACCACAACUCUCUCCUCCUGGUCCGGGCAUGCCAGAAAAUGCAACGAAACAGCCAAGUCCUAUUGUGUCAAUGGAGGGGUGUGCUACUACAUCGAGGGGAUUAAUCAGCUGUCGUGCAAAUGUCCAAAUGGAUUCUUCGGACAGAGAUGUUUGGAGAAACUGCCUUUGCGAUUGUACAUGCCAGAUCCUAAGCAAAAAGCAGAGGAGCUCUACCAGAAGAGGGUUUUAACCAUCACGGGAAUCUGUGUUGCCUUGCUUGUGGUGGGCAUCGUCUGUGUGGUAGCUUACUGUAAAACCAAGAAACAAAGAAAACAAAUGCAUAACCACUUGCGGCAGAACAUGUGUCCUGCUCAUCAAAACCGGAGCCUUGCGAACGGGCCAAGCCAUCCACGUUUGGAUCCUGAGGAAAUCCAAAUGGCUGAUUAUAUUUCUAAGAAUGUUUCUGCCACCGAGCACGUGAUCCGAAGGGAAACAGAGACAACCUUUUCAGGAAGUCACUCCUGCUCCCCAUCUCAUCACUGCUCCACAGCCACUCCAACGUCCAGCCAGAGACAUGAAAGCCACACCUGGAGCUUGGAGCGAACAGAGAGCCUGACUUCAGAUUCCCAGUCUGGGAUAAUGCUGUCCUCAGUGGGAACCAGUAAAUGCAACAGCCCUGCGUGCGUGGAGGCACGGGCUCGCCGCGGGGCCACCUUCUGCAUCGAGGACCAGCGGAGACCCACGACGCAGUACCGCGACUCGGUGGAUUCCCUGCGGGACUCGCCCCACAGCGAGAGGUACGUGUCGGCCCUGACCACACCAGCACGCCUGUCGCCUGUUGACUUCCACUACUCGAUGACCACGCAGGUGCCCACCUUCGAGAUCACCUCCCCCAACUCGGCGCACGCCGUGUCCCUGCCGCCGGCGGCCCCCAUCAGCUUCCGCGUGGAGGAGCAGCAGCCCCUCCUGCGGCGCUACCAGCUCCCCUUCCAGGACACGCAGAGGUACGACAGCUACUACCAAAGGAAGACCUACCUAAACGACAGCAUGGGGAGCCUGCCCUCCAGCCCCUUCCGCAUCACAGAGGACGACGAGUACGAGACGACGCAGGAGUACGUCACAGCGCUAGAGCAGCCAAAGAAAACAGCCAGCAGCAACAGGCGGUGGAAAAAAUCCAAACUGAACGGGCACAUCCCUCACAGAGCCAGAGCCGUCCGGGACUCCUUCUCCUUGAGCAGCGCCUCUUACAGCGAGUCUGACGAGGAGCUGGUGGCCGAGAGCACCCCGUUCCUAAGCACUCAGAACAAUGAGGCGGCGCACACAGAGUCGCCGCCGCUGCACCGGCCGGGCGACAGCCGGACUCACUACUCGUGCCGCGGGCACAGCGCGCACGGCGAUGGCGGCCGCGGCAGCCUGGGCCACGUGGCGCCCAAAGCGGACCCCGAGCCUCUCUAG